GCCAGCCAUCAACGCCAGGCCGAUCAUACCCUCGAGCGCAGGCUUAAUUUUAACAUCUUCAACGCCUCCCCCGUCUCUGACUUCAUUCACUCUCGUUCUGUCUUCCUAAUUCAUCCAAGGUCUUCCAAUAUACCUCAUCUCUCACUCUAUCCAAAAAGUCUUAAUCGCCCUGUGUAAACAACCCUGAACACGCCCAAAAUCACGAAAAGUCGCGGAUACUGUACAGCUGCUAAGGGGGUGAUCUGCUUGCAUUGGUUUCACUGUUUGGGCUGCAACAUCAUGGUAGCUGGAGGUCCUCAUUGGUGACAGAGGCGACACAAUCGCUGAUCACAAGCAAUUGGACACACCGUCAGAUCUAACUAUUUGACUCCGACGAGAGAAAGAACUCCGAUCUGACGAGAUAUCCAACGGCCACCGACCCAACUACAAACUCAAUCUAUCGCGUUGAGCAGGAUCAUGUCGUCCGCUGUGUCGCUGCAAGCUCCACAUCAAUCAACCACGAUAACCUCGCUCCCGCAGGCACCAUCGCCAUCGACGCGACAGUAUUCAUCACAGGCGCCCCAGCCGAGAGACCAGGCGUACAAUCAACAGACCGGAAACGCGUCGCCAGCGUCGACAACGCGGCGGCCAUCGAAGCGGCCAAGCGGAAAUGGCGCAUCUCCUGUAACCCAGCAACAACCACAACAAUACUAUUCCCCGACAACAUCCGCGUUUCCGAUGACGGGCCAACAACACCAAUCGCCCGUAGUUUCCGAAUCCGCGAAUUCUCGCUCAAACGUGACGGCCGCAGAGUACCAACGUGGCAUGCCGCCGGUCGCGCCGCCGAGAACCUCGUCAAACCAGAGAUCCUCGGGUCCUGCUCUCGCCGCAGCUGCCGCAGCAGCCACCACCUCGACGGACCGGCCGAAACGGAAUGCACAACAAGCUGACGAUCGGGCAAUUCACGCGGCAAGAGUAGCUGCUGCUGGCGACGGUGCUCACCCUGACCAGCGGGAGUCCCGGCAAACUAACGGACACCGAUCCAAGGCUGCCGAUGACAGCGCGCUUGCAACAGAUUCACCAUCUAGAUCGCGUAGGCGCACACAGCAGCCAGGGGAAGAUUCACCGCACAGGUCGAACACCACGCGUGAAAGCCGUAGCUCCCAACAACCCCAACCGCAGAGUCGGCAACAAGACAUGGGCAAUUCGGCGAAUGACGCGAAUGGCCCGAUAAGAGAGACUAAUGAUGUCUUGAGCCGUUUGGUCAUAAGCCAACCUGAGGUGGAUCUGGAUAGGGAACGCGAACGCAUGGCUGAGGCUGUACCGCGGGCUUAUACUGGAGAGGCUUCUUCUCCUGUCGCGGCCCCCAACGCUGUUGACAACGAUGGAAACGAUGACGGCCGUGCGGGAGAGCGUAGAAGACAGGACCAUAGCACGAAACGAGAGAAGACGACUAAGUUCGGUGAAUACUUCCUCGGAAACACGCUGGGUGAGGGCGAGUUCGGCAAGGUCAAGAUGGGCUGGAAGCAAGAAGGCGGUGUACAGGUUGCUAUUAAACUAAUCCGGAGAGACAGCGUUGGAACGAAUCCUACGCGACUUGCCAAAAUCUACCGCGAGAUUGCGAUUCUACGUGAGAUUUCUCAUCCCAACAUUGUGCGCCUUCAUGAGAUGGUGGAAACCGAGAAACACAUUGGCAUCAUUCUAGAAUACGCGUCCGGCGGAGAGCUUUUCGACUACAUCCUGAACCACAGAUACCUGAAGGACAACGCGGCACGGAGACUGUUUGCUCAGUUGGUCUCGGGGGUUGGCUACCUUCACAAGAAGGGAAUCGUCCACCGUGAUCUGAAGCUGGAGAACUUACUACUGGACCGCAACCGCAACAUCAUCAUCACUGAUUUUGGCUUCGCCAAUACCUUCAAUCCCGUGGAUGAGCUCGGGGAAGAAGUUGAAUAUGGCCUAUCGAGCCGGGAUUAUGUGAGGCGCAUGGAGCUUGACAGGAUCCUGCCUGGUGGCUUCCGACGAGGCGAUCUGAUGCAGACCAGCUGUGGAAGUCCGUGUUAUGCUGCUCCCGAGCUGGUCGUUAGCGACUCCUUGUACACUGGCCGCAAGGUUGAUGUCUGGAGUUGCGGAGUUAUCUUGUAUGCUAUGCUUGCAGGGUACCUUCCCUUCGAUGACGACCCAGCGAACCCCGAAGGCGACAAUAUCAAUCUCCUCUACAAGUAUAUCGUGUCCACGCCUCUGACAUUCCCCGAAUAUGUCACCCCGCAUGCCAGAGACCUUCUCCGACGAAUUCUUGUCCCAGAUCCAAGAAAGCGCGCCGACCUCUUCGAGGUUGCGAGACAUAGCUGGUUGAGUGAAUAUGCUCAUGUUGUGGGCUUCAUUACCAGCAACACCACCUCGCCAGCAGACAUUGCCAAUACAACCGUCAAGGAAGAACGUUCGGACGGCGGACCAUUACUUGCCCGCAGUGCGUCGGUCAGAGAGCCAACGAAGUCGCAGAAACCUGCACCGGCUGUUGGAGAUCUUGCUCGAAAGCAUGGGAACGUCGACCAGGACGCCGAAGACCACACUACCCCCAAAGCCAACAAGGAUGCCAAACGCCGUACAUUGCAGGUCGAAUACGUGGCACCUCGACAGCAAACCGUCAGAGGAGAAGAUAUCUCAUCCGCUCCUCAACCAGUAUCCAGAACGCGUGCUGGUGGUGAUGGUCAGGGCCAUGUCGAAGGAGGACAAGAAAAGAGACGGGUCGCGUCUUCAGAGAAGCCAUUACCCCUGGCACCCGGAUCCGCACGGGACUCCAAGAAGCCCCCCAGCUCGCAUCGCAGCCAACCCAUGGCCGCUCCAUCCAGGCCUGGCAGAGAACCAGCGCGUUCCACCUCCGAGAAUGCAUUCAUGGCACCUUUGCUUGGGCAGGGUAUUGCAAGGCCUAACACUGGUGGUUCUAUGACGUCCACUCAAAGCGGAAUUAAUACGACACAUUAUAGCCAGACAGCUGCUCCAACCGUUGCCACCACCAACGCCCACGGCCGCAUGUCUCAACCCACUACGAGCAAUGGGCAGCGAUACGAUGUCUCCCCUGAAGGUGAAUCCGACUACGGACGUCCAAGCAUCAGCCAAGGAAUUCCACCGAAGUUCGCUAGACUUUCUGGCAUGGAAGAUUCAGCUGCAGACGCUCCUCCAACUCGCUCGCACAAGCGCUCGAGCACUAUUGGUAGCAUAUUCGGACGCCAUGGCUCGAUAUUUGGUGGCAAGACAAACGCCGAGAAGCCGAAGAAGUCCUAUCCGCCAGUGAGCUACCCUGGCCCAGCUGCGGCUGGUGGCGAGGUCAGCAGGCAGUCGGUUGAUUCCAGCCGCCGUUCUAUUUCCUUCGGGUUUGGCAAGAAGAGGAGUGGCAGUGUUACUGGAUCCACGGGCGGUGAUUCUGACCAGAAGAAAUCAACGAGACGAUUCUCGCUCCUUCCAGCAAACUUUUCGUUGAAAUCUAUUGGUAUUGGGAAGGACUCCGACUCUGCAACCCCAUCUGAAGAUGGUCGCUAUUACGAUGAUGGAGUCGAUCGUUCCGCUGCGUAUGGCGAACCAACACCGCCGGUUGAGAAGCCCCAAAGCAGACCUCAGACCAACCCAGUUGCUCCUACAUACACCCGAAGCCGCGAUGGGUCUCAACAGGCUGCAAAGGCGCCACCGAUUGCGACCCCAAUACACCAACGUUACGCAUCAGCAACGCAGCAGCCUCCUCCAUCCACAGCAUACGACGGGCAAUCUGACUUCGGGCCUCGCCCAACAUACCGCCCGAAGACCAUAGAUACCCCGCCACCCACGGAACCAGCGCACUCGAGCUAUCCAAACCUGGCCAAGAGCCAGACACGCCAGGCGGCGCAGAACGCAAGAUAUAACCAGAACCAAGGGUAUAACGAUUACGAUUCUGACCGACAGGCCGGCAAGGGUGGAAGAGGCGUCCUGCAAAAGAACAACCGCAAGUUUACGGAAGCGUACGAGGCCGAUGGUGGACAGGACCAGGGAGGGUACGGAGGUAAUAACCACACAUCUGGCAGCAGCGGCGCGGCCAGAAAGGUGAUGGACUUUUUUAGACGGAGAGGACGGGCGAGAGAAGGUGAGAUGUGAGCGAAUCAGCGAGUCAGCGACAAGAAUUUCAGAGGAAAAGAACGAGAGAGAGAGAGCAAGCGAGCGAGGAGAAGACAAAGUUUUGAUAUAUUUCUUGGCAGGCGGGGCGUGAAGGAGUCCUAUUUUUUGUGCUUUGCUCUUAUUUCGCCAUUUGGGGAUCGCUUCUAUUUUUGCGUGCGAGGGACGGGGUGGGGGGGCUGUUGUUGGGCGCGAUGAUUCAUUGUGCGAUUAUAAUAGGCGGGUGCCUGGGCAUGGGACGCGAUGCAUUGGGGAGGGGCGGAAUGCAUGUUUUGAUAUUGGGUUUUUUUUCGAAGUUGUGGCAGGAGGAGGAGAGGAGGGAGGGGAGAUAGAUAGUGUUGGUGGUGUCAGCGUGGAGGAGAGCGAAGACGUGGGAGUAGAUGGAGCAAGAAGGAUGUACUGUUUAAUUGGCUUUUAAUACCCCACACUACUACUGCCUUAUAUAGUAUAUUGCAAGUGUUGGCGACGAUCGGUGUGUGUCUGUAAUGGAGUCG